AUGUCAAAUUCAACGCAUCGUGGCGAAUUCGAACGCAAUUGGAGCCAACUUCCACACUCAGAUGCUCGCGAAGCAUUUCAAGAGUUUGUUGACAAGCAGCACUGCCAGCUCGCAGCCUACGAAACAAUGCCAUUCUGGACCACCCAAGACACCCGUAACUCGGUUAUCUCCUCGCUGAUUCCAGCCGGAGCCGCUGUCGCAGCAUUCGUCGCGUUCGCCAAAGAUCAACAAGUCGCUGAUUGGUGGAGCGCAUUGAAGAAGCCAAACUGGGCGCCGAAGGAUGUUCGCGUCUACUCCGCCAUAGACCUGCUCACGCUUUCCCCACUCGGAUACGCUUCCUAUCUCGUCUAUAAAAAUGGCGGUGGCUUCGAUUACAAUGACACGAAGUUGGCUCUCGGGCUAUAUGGAACUAGUGUGGCCUUGGCUGUCGCCACGAUUCCAAUUGUGAAGAAGAAGGAGCUCGGAUGCUUGUGGAAGAACACGACUGUUGUUAGUUUGACGGCCACUGGAGCCGCUUACGCUUUCUACAAGAUUGACAAGAAAGCCGGCUUCCUCCUCGUCCCAUUCGCUCUCUGGACGGCCUUCUACGCCUACCUCGCCUACUCCAUUAAGAAGGAGAAUGACCCAAUCAAGAACUUGUAA